AAGAAUAAGCAAAUGGCCUUGAUAAAAUCGCAGUGCUUCUUAGGGGCCGCAGCCGCUGGCAUCUGUGGUUUCUAUUUAAUCUACAGUCUUGAGUCUGACAGGGAAAUUACAGAGAAAGGGAUCGGCUUUAACGAACCUCUUCUUCCUCUCAUCAGCCCACCACUUAUUAUUGGUGGGUUUUCGAUUCUGAGUUUGAGUAAUUUCCCAACAAUCUCAACUGAACUCGCCCAGUUGAAUCUCGAUGUAAACGGCAUUUGAGUUUGCAGUUUUGUGCUUUUGCCUCUCUUCUUCAGUUGCCCACUAAGUCUGGCAAGCAUACUUGGAGCUGUCGUUAUUCUGCAGUUCAUGGCCUGCCAAAUGGAUAUAAUAACCUUGCAGACUAUGUCUCUCAGGCAUUCUUGUGGCAUUCAGAAUUUGGUCAAUAUGCAAAACUUAUCUAGACAGACACCCAAACUUGAUUUACCUUCUUAUAGAAAGAGUUUGCAGUCUAGUCGACAUGGUUGGAGAAUAGCAUUUGCUUUGAAUACUGAUGGUUUUGCAGCCAACAACGACCAAGGCAACCUCAAUGGGAACAACUCUGCUCUUGGUGGAACUCGUUUAGGAAGGAUAGUUGGUGCCGGUAGUAGGCAGCUGUUGAGUAAGCUCAACUCUGCUAGGAAGAACUUCCCAAUGAAAGUAUUUCUCCUGCUCCUUGGCUUCUACACGGCUAAUGCUCUCGCAACAAUUCUAGGCCAGACGGGAGACUGGGAUGUACUGGUAGCUGGAGUUGUAGUUGCUGCAAUCGAGGGUAUUGGUAUGCUGAUGUACAAAAGGCCAAUGUCUACCGGGAGGUUGAAGUCUCUGGUGGUAAUGAUAAAUUAUUGGAAAGCUGGUGUCUGCUUAGGCUUAUUUGUUGAUGCUUUUAAGUUAGGCAGUUGACUUUCUGCCAUUACACAUUUAUCCUUCAACCAAAUGUCUAGUUUCACUUAACAUCAGCUCUCUUCAACCUUCAUGAUUUUCCUCUGCACAAAUGUGUGGGGAGGAUUGCUGUAUAAAUCCUUUAGGAAUGUGUAGGUCCUGUAACAUUUGAAGCUUCAAUAAGAGUUGAGUUCUCCGAGUAA